UAUUCUCAAGCACAACGUUCACCCAAUUUCACCUCACCUCAUUAAGGUUUGGAAUAUGCAUAACAUUACAUUAUGUUCAUUUGUGCCAGAGCAAUUGUGCUUUAUUAACCCUGUUGACUUCUGCAGUUGUGUGCAAACAAAUUAAUUUUCCAAUUACAGAGUUAUAUCCCGACUUGUUGAAGUCCAGGCCGAAGCCAACUGAUGGAAUUGACUCCGUGAUAGUGGUAGACAAUGUUCCUGAAGUUGGACCAGAAAGACUGGAAAAGCUGCAGAAUGUUAUCAGGAAGUUGUUUUCCAAAUUUGGCAAUAUUGUCAAUGAAUUUUACCCAGAAAAAGACGGCAAGACAAAAGGGUACAUCUUCUUGGAAUACACAUCCCCCCUGCAUGCACAGGAAGCGGUGAAGAUGACUAAUGGUUAUAAGCUGGACAGGAUGCAUACAUUUGCUGUCAAUCUCUUCUCGGACUUCGACAGAUAUGAAAAUGUUCCUGAGGAGUGGACUCUACCAGAACCAAAGGCGUAUCAUGAUCCUGGCAACCUUCGCUACUGGCUGCAGAACAAAGACUGCCGUGACCAGUACAGUGUUAUCUACGAGGGAGGCGAGAAAACCGCAAUAUUCCUCAACUCUGGGGCUGAGCCAAAUUUGAUUGAGGAAAGAGCGAGAUGGACUGAGACAUAUGCAAGAUGGUCACCACAGGGAAAUUACUUGGCCACUUUCCAUCAGAAGGGCAUCGCUCUGUGGGGAGGGGAGAAGUUUGAACAGAUCAUGAGGUUUAGCCAUCCUGGUGUCCAGCUGAUUGAUUUCUCACCAUGUGAAAGGUACCUGGUGACAUUCAGUCCCCUCCAGGACAGCCACGAGGACCCCCAGGCCAUCAUCAUAUGGGAUAUCAGGACAGGCCAGAAGAAGAGAGGUUUCCACUGUGAGAGUCAGGGCACGUGGCCCAUCUUCAAGUGGAACUUUGAUGGCACCUACUUUGCCAGAAUUGGCCAGGACACAAUCAGCGUCUAUGAAACACCUUCAUUUGGUUUGCUGGACAAGAAGAGUUUUAAGAUAGACUCUGUCAGAGACUUCUCAUGGUCCCCUAGCGACAACAUCAUUGCCUACUGGGUUCCCGAGCAUGAGAACGUUCCAGCUCGUGUGACAGUGAUUGACAUCCCUGGGCGUAACGAGCUGUGCGUCAAGAACCUGUUUAAUGUUGCCAGCUGUAAAAUGCACUGGCAGAAGAACGGGGACUUCCUAUGUGUGAAGGUGGACCGCUACUCCAAGGCCAGGAAGGUGGACGACAAGGAUCAAGUCAAAUACAGCGGAAUAUAUUACAACUUUGAGUUGUUCAGGAUCAGAGAAAAGCAGAUUCCUGUUGACAAGGUGGAACAAAAGGAGAUAGUCCAUGCCUUUGCCUGGGAACCUAAUGGAAACAAGUUUGCUUUCAUCCAUGGUGAAUCUCCCAGAAUAUGUGUGUCGUUCUACAUGCUGCUCCCGAGGGGAAAGGUGGAACAUCUCAAAACACUGGAGAAGCGUGUUGCCAACCAUUUGUUCUGGAGUCCUACUGGACAGUUUAUUAUUCUGGCUGGUUUGAGGAGUAUGAACGGUGUCCUUGAGUUUGUGGACACUUCUGACAUGACGGUGAUGACACAGACAGAGCACUUCAUGGCCACAGACAUCGAGUGGGACCCCACUGGUCGCUAUGUUACUUCAGCGGUCAGCUGGUGGGGCCACAAGGUGGACAAUGCCUACUGGCUGUGGAACUUCCAAGGGAAUCUGCUGGCCAAGCAGCCAAUGGAGAGGUUCUGUCAGUUGCUAUGGAGACCAAGGCCACCGUCCCUGUUGACAGAGAAGAUGAUUAAGGACAUCAAGAAGAACAUGAAGAAAUAUUCUCAGCAGUUUGAAAAUGAGGACAUUUCUAAGAAACAAUCUGCUUCAAAGGAGCUGCUGGAGAAGCGCCACGCCAUGAUGGAAGACUUCCAGCAGUACCGUGCCAAGAGGACUGAGGAAUAUGAGAACAACAAGGAAUUGCGUCUAGCUCUCAGGAAUGGCGUAGACACAGAUGAGAUCUACAGCCACGAGGAUAACAUGGAGGAGGAGGUUAUUGAAUUUUUGCUUGAGGUCGAAGAAACUGUCGUGGAGGAGUAGACGGUCAUCCCGAGCCCAGUAUACACUCACUGCCCGAGGCGGCCAUCUGUGACAGCCAUCUUUGGCGACCUUAGUGUCAUCCGCUGCUGUUUCCUGAGGACAUCGUAUAGGUUGAUAAUCUGACUGCACUGUGCCUUGGCCAUUGUUGACUGUUCUCAGGAGCUGCUGACAGGAACCUCAUAGGUUCUAUACCUGGAUUGGAAUUUUCAUUUUAAGUUUUGUCAUUUUGCAUUAUAAUCAAAGCUUUGUCAGUCAUUUGUGUAGGUGGUUAAGAUGUUACUCAGAUGCAAUUGUAUAGUUUCCUGUAUAUAUGCUGCUGUUGGGUGUCAUGUACAUACCACCUCCCCCUGUAUCCCCCUCAUUGUGCUAUUUGGACAUUUUUCUGGCUAUUUCCCGGUUCCAUACCGGAUAUUUAUGUUAAAGUUAUUUAGGAGUAUACACUUAUGCAUGGUCACUUGCAGAAUCUUUGUUCACCUAACAAAUAAGAUGAUAAAAUGGUUUAGAAUUA